UCCGACUUAAGUUGGACGUAGUACGUGUGCUUUACAGCUUCCACUGUGGUUAGCUAGCGAACGACCAGUAAGCCAACGCUAAAGCUGGAGUUAAUAUCAUGGUGCUGCUUGAAAAUGAUUCGUUUCUCACAGAGCUCACACAGCUGUUCCAGAAGUGCAGAACAUCUGGCAGUGUGGUCAUCACAUUAAAGAAAUAUGACGGGAGGACCAAGCCAGCACCCCGAAAGGGCCACACAGAGUCAUUUGAACCAGCAGACAACAAAUGUCUCAUCAGAGCUUCUGAUGGCAAGAAGAAAAUUAGCACGGUGGUCAGCACCAAAGAAGUAAUCAAGUUUCAAAUGGCAUACUCCAAUCUUCUUAGAGCUCACAUGGAUGGACUUAAGAAGAAGGAUAAGAAAAGCAAAAGCAAGAAAACCAAAGCCACCCAAUGAGAAACGGACUCUGUAACAUAACCAUGGGUACCUAAACAUAAUAACCAUGGCUACCUAAACUGGACUGUACAAUCCUAGGGAACGACAAAGGCCUUCACAUGGUCUGUCGCCGCACCCCGCUUUUCGAUCCAUUCACCUGAGGCCUCAGAAUCGCUGUUCAUCCACCCGGCUUUGAUAUUGUGCCAUUGUUUGCAUGGUAUUGUCCCAUCCCUGGCAGUUCGGUGCCAUUGGAAGUCUGGAACCGACAACCUGAGGAUUUCUCAUAACUCGUACAGGACGAAUCAAGUCAACUUAACUGGAUCUCCACCAUUCCUGCUCUGGAACCAGUUCAUCAACAGUUGUGUCAUCUCUGGAGCCAAAUCCAUGGAGCCCAAUUAUUACCUGCCGUUCAUACUAUUUAAUUGUUAAAAGUCCAUAUUUAUGUUGUAUUUACGGCUGAGCUGUGCUGCCAUGUUUCAAUUUGACCUUGUCUCAAGAAGAAUUAAUUGAAGUUUCUUUCUUUUUUUUUUACCUAAUUGAAUAUGCAAUGAAUUUACUGCACACUUGUCCUUCAAACAAAGAGCUAAAGCAGAGCAGAUUUCAUGUAUUUUUUUUUAAAACCAGUUUUACUGUAGCCAACUUCAUUUUGAAGAUAAAAGUGUACUUUAUUCAAUAAUUAUAUUUUACCACCUGAAGCACAAUGAAUAUGAAUAAUUUAGAUUCAUACCAAGCAUAAUAUCGGCCAUCUUAAAUUGUUGAACCUGAACAAAAUGUGUAUUUUCAGUUAAUGUGGGUCAUUUAAAUGUCAAAUCUGAAUCAUGA